GGCAAAAGCACAAGGAUGCCCUUUGAGGUGCUCUGGCUUUGCCUACCAAUUGUUAUCAGCAAAUUCGCUUGGGCAGCGUGAAACGCCGGAUGAAACGCGACCCCCUCCACAUGGAAUUCGGCAGCAACUAUUGUAUUGCGCGAAUUUGCCUCAAGUGAAGUAAUCAAGUUGCUUGCUGACCAUGUGAUAUUAGGAGCCAGACCGAGCGGCCUGAGCGAAACUGACAACCCUGUACCGGUAUUCACGGCGCACCUUCUGCAUUUGCGGGGCGUAUGCAUACAGUAUAAACGUGCCACGUUUACAUAGCAAUAAAUAUUCCAAGCCAACAUGCCUGAACGCCUAGCCUCGGAUUCCAGCGAUAGUGACAAUGGAGAGCCCCCGUCCAGUUCAGCUGUGGUGGAGGUGCAGGUACAGCUGUCUCGCUUCCACCUAGAAACACUGGAGGGAAGCGCCACAGGGGACGUGGAGGUGCGGGGUCUGACGCUGGGAGUGGAGAAGCGGGAGCUGCUCACGGAUGCCAUCCUCUUCCUCAAGUCGGGCGUGCGGUACGGCCUGAUAGGUCGGAACGGCACCGGCAAGAGCACAUUGCUGCGUGCCCUGGCCAACAAGGUCAUUCCGGGUCUGCCACGUGACAUGAAGAUCGUGUACGUGGAGCAGGAGAACGUGCCCGGCGACGACCGCAGCGCGCUGCAGACGGUGCUGGACGCGGGCAGUGCGCGGGGGCGGCUGGCGGGCCAGAUAGCCGAGCUGGAGGCGGCGCUGGACGAGGAUCCCGAGGGCGGACAGGAGGAGGAGAGCGGAGACGCCAAUGACCCAGAGCAGGAGCGGUCCGAGGGAGCCCAGGGAGGCGCGGAGGGCGCGACGGACAGCAGCCAUGGCGGCGGCCCGGGUACAACUGGCGAGCCUCGGCCGCCGCCACAGCAGCGGCUGACGCGGCACCAGCGCCGACUGGUGGAGUGCGUGAGGUCCAUCUUGGCGUCUCGCGCUGAGGGCACGGCUGUGGAAGCGGAGCAGGCGGCGGCGCGGCGCAGUCGCUUGCGCGGCAAGGUGGCGCUGAAGAAUGCACUGGCCGCGCGGGAGGCUGCGCGCAAGACCCAAGAGGAUGAGUUGUCGCUGGACAAGGCUUCCUCGAUGGCGCCUCAGCUGCUGGCGGAUCUGUAUGAGGAGUUGGAGGAGCUGGGCGCCAGCGAGGAGGAGGAACUGGCGGCAGCUGGCGCCGUGCUUGAGGGACUGGGCUUUGGGCUGGAGCAGCGUGACACGCCCACCAAGCAGCUCAGCGGCGGGUGGCGCAUGCGGGUGGCACUGGGCUGCGCGCUGCUGGCCCGGCCGCACCUGCUGCUGCUGGACGAGCCCACCAACCACCUGGACAUUCUGUCCAUCCUGUGGCUGCAGAACCGCCUGGCCACUUGCUGCGAGGGGCAGACGCUGGUGCUGGUCAGCCACGACCGGGCGUUCCUCAACGCGGUGACGCAGGAGACCAUCAUCCUGCGCGACGGCGCCCUGACCUACUUCCCCGGCGCCUACGACGCCUACAUGCAGGCGAAGGCGGAGGCGUCUGUGCACAAGGAGCGACAGUUGGCGGGGCAGGAGCGGCAACGGGCGCACCUCGAGGCCACCAUACAGCGCGCCGAGAAGGCGGCACGCGACGCGGGCGACGACAAGCGGCUGCUGCAGGCUGCCAGCCGCAAGAAGAAGAUUGACCGGAUUGGAUCGGAUAAGACCGCCGACGGCAAGAAGUUCAAAGUGUCAUACUGGGCCGGCUACCACGAUACGCAGCGGCCGCAGGUUGAGUUGGACAGACCCGAGGAGCCCGUGGUGAUGCAGCUGCCACCGCCCGAGGCCCUGCGACAGCGCGGCCCCCUGCUACAGCUCCGGGACGUCACCAUCGCCUACGGCGGCGGCUCUGCGGCUGUAGCAGCGGCGGAGGCGGCUACAGCCGCUGCCGCUGCGGCGGCAGCUGCCGCGGCAGCGAAUCCCGUCACGAGCAGCACGCGUGGUGGCAAGAAUGCGGUGACGGCCGGGAAGAAGGCGGCAGCAGAGGCGGCUGCGCAGGCGGCGGCUGCCGCAGAGGCGGUGGCGGCGGAGGCGCGUGCGGCGGCGGGCGUGGUGCUGUCGCACGUGACGUUUGAUGUGGAGGCCGGAAGCCGUAUUGGCCUGCUCGGCCUGAACGGCAGUGGCAAGUCCUCGCUGAUGCGCGUGCUGGCGGGACAGCUGGCGCCUGCAGCCGGCGAGGUGGUGGCGCCCGCCUCCUCGCGUCUGGUCGUGGCAUGCCUGGACCAGCACAGCGGCCGGCGGCUGCUGCAGCAGCACGGCAGCAGCAUCAGCACGGACGGCGGGCCGGCCACGCCGUUCUCAGCCGUGCAGGCUCGCUGCCCCACUCUGCGGCAGCAGGAGGUGUUUGACUACCUUGGCAAGUUCGCGGUGCCGGGGCCGCUGGCCUCCACACCGCUGGCGGCGCUCAGCGGCGGGCAGCGCUGCCGCGUGGCGCUUGCGAUGGAGAUGCUGGCAAAGCCGCACGUGCUACUCCUGGACGAGCCCACCAACCACCUGGACCUAAUCACGGUGCAGGCGCUGGCGGCCGCCGUGAAUGAGUGGGAGGGAGCUAUGGUGAUCGCCAGCCACGACUUGCAGUUCCUGAAGGACACGUGCAACCAGGUGUGGGUGGUGGAGGAUGGCAGCGUAAAGCGGCAGCCGCAGCCGGAGCCGGCGGACGCAGUAGCGGACUUUGCGGCACGGCUUUCGCAGCGGCUUCGGCGGAGGGCUGAGCGCGGCAGGCGGCAGUAGCCGGCGGCGCCAUCCGGCAGGAUGUGGUGGCAGCGUGCAUGGCCCACGCGGUUGAAGCUAUCAAACCUUAACGAACCAAACCACAUGCUAGCUUCUUGCAUGCACGCACGCAUAUGAAUGCGAAGCUGCCAGGCAUUAUGUAUAAGGGGCAACGCAUCUAAAGAAAGCAUGAACGGUGUUGCAGUUUGGCUAAAGUGCAGUGCCACAUGCAUGGUAAAUGGCAGAACGUGGAUGGCUUGGCUGGUCUGGUGUGUGGCUCAUACAUGGUAUGGCAGGGAGCUUCUUUACGUCGUUAUGAAUGCAACAUUGCACAAGGAUAGUACGAUGAGGGACCACUUCAAAUGGAGGAUAUGCGCGGUGUGGGCGUAGGAUGUUAUGGCUGAAGCAGGACUGGCAAGCUGCACGUACUAGGCCCAAAUUGGGGUGGAGCAGCGUUCGUGCCAGGAGGGUGUGCCACGUCGUGCCUUGCAAAAAGAAACAGGGCACAGCGUGUGUGGACAUCUGGUAGGGGCUUGGCCAUGACGCCAUAGAUGGGCAUGACAGAUGGUGGCUGCAUUGACGUGAAGUGGGUGAUCUCGGGGUGAACGUCCCGCAGGGGUUGCAUCACGGGUCUGGGUCUGCUGGUCUGGCGCAAAAUGGGCCUGAGCCCCCCAGGAGGGUAGGAAAUCCGAAAAGUUGCCGGUGGCCUCUGGUUACCGGGCUACCCUGCCGAGCCAACUUUGGCUGCGUGCGCGGGGGUUCGAAGCUGGCUGGGGCGGGUCGCCGCGGCAGUCCAGAUGCCUGCGCCGAGGGAUGGCAGAUGCCUGCGCGACCCCGCGCCAUCAGCACGAAUGCCUGCGCUAGGCAUUGCAGAUGCCGCGGCGCCCCUGCUAGCACAUCCGAGCUGCCUAUUGUAGCCACCUAGUUGCUUGGUAAAAA